AUGUCACUAAGACAACCACAUGGCCUGCCCAAGAGUGAACCGAAACCGUACACCCCUCCCCCCUCAGACAGUCAAGAACCAGGUGACACGAGCAGUCUGGGUUCUCCACCAAAAGUGAUCAAGACUGACAUCCCGGAGCCCCCUGCGGGCUAUCGAGAUAGAAAAGCCAAGUGGUAUGUACCUGGGCGACUCUUCAAGAUAUGGGCACUUGAGGACGCCGAGAUACAUCAGAAACAAUUUGUGCUUUUGUCCAGCAGGAACAUUGAAGGACAAGGGCUGCUGAUUGGGCUCUAUGAUGGGGAGGAUGAGCAAGACGGAAGCUUUCUUCGAACUCACGUGCUCGUACGAGGACCACUGCCAGACGAGGAGCCCAAAUUCGCUCGUGAUGAAGACCUCCUCAAACAGAUCUAUCUGGAUCGAUCCGAGACAAACCACAUUGAGGUUGCCGACCAGACUUGGGUAGAAUUAGAGCACACCUACAACAUUCCCUUUCUCAAUCACAAGUGUGUGGACUGUGGAGUCCUUUCGCGACCAUCCCUCAAGAGAUUGAGAUGCGCAUACAUUGACUGGCUGAGGUAUGACUGGGAAAUCGAUGAAUGA